CGCCACAAAAUGCAGCAGUCGCCAACGACACGUGCUGCGGUGCAACAACGCGAAGUGAACUCCAAAUGCGAGGAAGAAUUAUUUAAAUAAAAUGUUGUUUUACAUAGAAAUAUACCCAAUGUGCAUAUAUGUAUUUGCGAAAUUUACAAAAUUACAUUACGAUUAAUUGAGAUAUUUACGUUUAAAUGAGAAGGAUAAAAAUAUCUGAAUGUCUAUAUGUACAUAAAUCGAGCUGUUGGCAAGGCCUGCGCAAUGUAUAGUGUUUGUUGUUGUUGCCAAUUUUGAUUAUUUGGCUUUUUUAUUUGCUCUUCACCUGCCGGCAACCAACCAAUUCGCCUUCUUCGUGCAGCAUCCACAUCCGAGGCAAAGUUGAUUGUUUGGCUACCGGCCCAAAUGCUCAGUUAGCCACUCGUAUUCAUUCGUACAUACACGUAUGUGUGGGUUGCGCGUUUAACUAUUUUCGCCAUAAACGAAAACUCGCAACUACAGUGUUGCAGCAAAAUCGAGGGUCAUAGGACAUAAAUGAGCGCACGAACGAAAGACAUGCAAAAAUUAAUAAUUUAAUUUCGAUAAAAGAUUUAUAAAUACAAUACAAAAAUUUUUAGUGCUAUCUGUAUGUGAAUGCGCGAAUACGUUGGAGUCGUUAAAUUUCAAAUGGAAAACGUGAAUUAAUUUUUCAUAAAAACCUAUAUUUCGUUAUAUAUACAAAAAUGUCUUCAAAACAGCGAGGCGAGGAAACAUAUCGACGCAUUACACGCGAAAAGCUUGUGCUUCGCGGCAAUACUGCCAUACGCACCUUGGAUUCCACCACAUCCUAUCUGCCCUUGCUGGCUAGUACUUCCACAACUCCGCCAACGGGCCUUUCACAUGUCGCACGUAUGAUGGACUCACUGAUAUUGGAUCAAUAUCCACCAUUUGCCUUCACGAAAAUCACAACUACGCACAGACCAACGCGCACUGGAAAUGUUAAGAAAACUGAAACCACACGCACAACCACAUUAAGCGGCCUUUCUCCCGGCAGUUCGGCCACUUUGGGCGCUGGCAGUAGCAUGGGAGGAGGACUGCGAAAGACGCGUAUUCCAACGCAAGAUGUUUUUCCAGAAGUGCCCCCACAACCUCGCCCUAAUACAAAUUUGCCCCCCACAGCCGGUGCCACAAACCCUCUCUAUCAAAAUACCAGCAAUGGCGCCAAUGGACUUGUUAACGGUAACAACGCGACACACAUACAAUUUCCGAAUCAUAAUGAUAACCGCUGGAUAUCAUCAUUGCGUCGUUCACGUGAUCCUGAACUUCAACCAACACUGCCCUCAAUUAAUCUAAGCCAUCAUGGCAGUGCCCACAACGUGGGAGGCACACUAAGUAAUAGCAUGGAUAAGGGACGCAGUUCGCGUAGCAUCAAGACUUCGAAUAUUACGGCAACACGCAAAAGUCGCAGUGUGGAGAGGAUACGUGCACGCAAACUAACCACCCAAAUCAAACUCAAGGACAAGCUGAAGAAAAACUCCAUUGAUGAGAAUUCCAAUUCUGACGACCAGGAAAUCACAUCUUUGGAGGAGAAUUCCACGUCGCAGAAUACGCCGAAGAGCUCGCCGAAAACAAAGUCGAAAAUAUUUUCACCCAUUGGCUAUGAACCACAUUUGGUGGACACCUUGGAGAAGGAUAUACUACAACGUAAUCCAGGAGUUAAAUGGAGCGAUGUAGCCGGCCUUAAUGAAGCUAAAGCAAUUUUACAAGAAGCAGUAGUUUUGCCGAUAAUUAUGCCUGACUUCUUCAAAGGUAUUCGACGACCCUGGCGUGGGGUAUUGAUGGUGGGUGCACCCGGCACUGGGAAGACAAUGUUAGCGAAAGCAGUAGCUACUGAGUGCGGCACCACUUUCUUUAAUGUCUCUUCAGCGACGCUUACCUCAAAGUAUCGGGGCGAAAGCGAAAAACUCGUGCGGUUACUAUUCGAGAUGGCAAGAUUCUAUGCGCCAAGCACAAUAUUUUUCGACGAAAUCGAUGCUUUGUGCACAUCGCGUGGCAGUGAUUCGGAGCAUGAAGCGAGUAGACGCUUUAAAGCAGAACUGCUAAUACAGAUGGAUGGUCUGAAUGCCACACUACAGGAUGAUAAGAUAAUAAUGGUUUUGGCUGCGACCAAUCAUCCGUGGGAUAUUGAUGAGGCCUUCAGACGACGAUUCGAAAAAAGAAUUUACAUCGCUCUUCCAAAUGAGGAGACACGUUCAGCUCUUCUCAAACUCUGCCUCAAAGAUGUUCGCCUCUCACCACAUUUGGACACAAAUCUGAUUGGAGAUCAGCUCAAAGGUUAUUCUGGCUCGGAUAUUAGCAAUGUAUGUCGAGAUGCCGCCAUGAUGGCAAUGCGUCGUCUCAUUGCUGGUCGCUCACCAGCUGAAAUUAAGGAUAUACGCCGUGAAGACAUUGAUCAACCCAUAACAGUUCAGGAUUUCCAAGACGCUAUGGAGCGAACUAAGCAAUCGGUUUCGUUGGACGACGUUACACGUUUUGAAAAAUGGAUGGAGGUUUACGGUUCAUGUUAAGCUAGUGAUGCUUCUCGGAGCGAUGAAUUGCUCAUUAUUUAUUUAUACGCAUAUGAAAACUUUUACAUACAAACAUACAUAACUCAAUAAGCAAUAAACAAAAAAAAAAUAUAAAUACAUACAUGCAUAUAUAAAUAAAUAAACCCAAAGCGCGCUCAAUACUAGGUAAAUUCAGAAUUUUGUAAUAUUAAAUGCCUAUGUAACAUAUAAUUACUUACAGUUAAGGCACCUUAAAUUAUAGAACUUCCAUAACUAAAGGCC